CAGCAUCGCAUUUUAUCGAUCGAGUGGGUUCAAAUCAAGCUCCGAAGUCGCCGGAAUCGUGUUCCUUUUCUGGCCGUCGAUCCAAGGAUCACCGAGACUCUAUUGUCUCCGGCGAGGUGCUUACGUGCUACGUAUCUUCUUCUUCCCCUCGACUCCGACAUCGAUUCUACUGCUGCCAUUGAAACCCAUUGCCGCUUCGUCGGCCAUUGUUCGCUAUUGCUGCUUCGUCGGCCAUUGUUCGCUAUUGCUGCUUCGUCUUCCAUUGUGUCGAUCCCGAAGACAAACACAAACUCAUCAAUUUCUGUUGUUUGCAUAUGAGUCUUCUUUGUCCGCCAUUGCUGGCCACGAAUUGAGCUUUAUAUUGUCUAUCUCGAAGUGGGCUUACGAAUUUUGCUAGAAGAAACAUGGACAGCUUUUUUUACUGGAAUCAGAUUCGUUAAGUCUGUUUCGUUUUGGUGAGAGAUCAUAGCAGAACGUGAUCCUUAUUAUAGCAGAACGACGUGUAUUGCCUUGAGUGAAUACCCACGGCAACAUCCCUAUACUCAGGACUUGUAGGAUGCUCGAGUUACGUGAUAGAGAAUGUUGUUUGCUUAUCUGUCUAAUCGUCUUCAUAAAUAUCGUGCCUUGUUACAGCCAUGAGAGACUGUUUGAUGGGAACACUUUAUAUGCUGGGAAGGAACUUUGGAGGGAGACAUUGCCAUUGCAAUCUGGUUCUCGAGUUUACAAAUUACAAGGGCUUAAGUCAAAUUCUUGGUAUGAAGUGAAGAUAUCAUACCCAGCUUCUAUACCGGCUUUAUUUACUCUACAACUACUGAAGAACGGUGUGGUGGGUUUGAAGCUGAACCAGAUGAGGAGAUUACUCAACACUGAGAAAUUGAUGUUUAAAACCGAAACUCUUGAAGAAGCUAAGAACAAGGACGGAUUGUAUGUUUUGGUGACGGUUGAACCUGAGGGAGUCGUGGCUAUACCAAAAAUCAAAGAAAGGUCCUUCAUCAUUUACAACAUAGUUUGUGAAGAACAACUCUUAGGCAUCCCUUACUCAAGCUGGUCAGUGGUGGUUUUGGUAGUUUUGUGUCUCGUGGCCGCGUUGAUUUUUCCCCGGAUUCUCCCAUCUAAUCUUGUAAUCAAAGAUGGAGAUCGUGAUCGUUAAAGAAUGAAGCAUAGUUAAUUACAGACUGAUGUUUGUUCCUCACAUAUCUGUCUUGUUACUAUAUUAGCUUUUUGAUGUUUGUUCAUCUAAUAUUAUUGUAUCAUCUUCAGUUUUUCAUAGUCUCAUACUCUCGUUAGAGAGACAAAACAA